UAAUUUAUUUCGUUGAUUUGAGUUUAUUUGUAUUACUUAUAUUUUAUAUAAUUUAAAUAUUACAACGAAAUCACACUGAAUAUCCGAAAUCAAAUAAAAGAAUAUAAUAAAACAAUAUUUAAUGUGAACUGCCGCAACCGACACAAAAUCACUGAUGUAAUAUUUGCAACACAUGCUCAACGUCAACAAAAUCACCAACAACAAUCUACAAUUACACCAACAACAGUAAACAACUGUGUUUUGUUUUGAAAACAAGCAAAUAAAUUUAAUAUGAAACGUGGUUUGAUAGAAAAUUAUGUCUCCAGUGACUCCGAAGAUGAAACAACAGCAGAAAAUAAAAUCAAAUCAAAAAGAAAUCGCUUCGGGAAAUGUGAAGUCUGUGCUGCCAACGAUGCCAUUUACUCUUGCCCAAAAUGCGAGGUUAAGACGUGUUGCGUGCGCUGUGUAAACAUACAUAAGAAAGAAUUAUCCUGUGAUGGUAUUAGGGAUCGUACUAAAUUCAUCCCACUCUGUAAUAUGACUAAAAUGGAUUUUAUGAGCGAUUAUUACUUCUUGGAAGAGUGCACACGCUAUGUCGAGGAUCGGAAACAUGAUCCGAUUAAAAGUAUAACACGUUUCAAUAAAUUACCAAGUUUUUUGUAUAAACUGCAAUGUGCUGCUAAUAAGCGGAAUAUAAGGUUGCAGUUCCUGUUGAAGAAUUUCACCAAACACAAAGAAAACUCCACAAUUCUUAAUUUUCAGACGCAAAAAAUAAACUGGCAUGUUGAAUGGGUUUUUGUAAAUGCCAGUAAUUUAAAAUUCGUUGAUAGACGAUGUCCUGAAGAUUUGCCUUUGCAUAAAUUACUUGACAAAUAUGUGAAUCCUGAUUGUAUAACAGACGUUCCCAGAAAAAAGGAGUUAAUAUAUUAUCAAAGUGCCGGUAUCUUCAAUUUGAAAAUUCUACUUAAAGCCGAAGGCAUUAAACAAAGUCGGAGCCGUUUCUAUAAAUUAGAUGUCGCCAAAUCUUUAAAUGAUAAUCUUGCAAAUAAAACUAUUGUUGAAUACCCAACCAUAUAUAUAAGUUAUGAACAAAACUCAGACAUGUUUGACGUCAUUGAUAGUGACGAAGACAUUGAGGAAGAAACAAAAGCUUACCAAAGUUCGUUAGAAGAGUUUAGCAAAAAAAUAGCAGAGCAGACUAAAAAAGAAAUAUCUUCCAGUGGUAGUGAAAGUGAGGAUUCAUUGAAAAAUGCUAAGCAGCAAAAACAAGCGCAGAUGAGAAGGAAAGAAGUGACUGAGGUUUUUGAGAAAGAACCAAGUAAUCUCAUGUUUGCUGAUGAAAAACUUCUAGAUAUGCUCUCAACAUCUUCAUCUUCAGAAAGUGAAGAUGACAACGUGAAAGAAAAUUUUAAUUUUCCUUAAAUGUUAGCAAUAAAUAAAUAAAAACAUUAAAUGAA